AUGAGUAACUGCUGCCUGAUCACAUGGGCCGCCAGAGCACAGCGCUGCCGGGACGGACCCGCCGGAGAGCGAGCGAGCCAAGGCAGCAGGGAACCGAGAUGGAGGAGGAGACACGACACCCCACAGCUGAGGCUCCAUCUCUGCUGAAGUCCUACAAAUGGCGGACAGGCCCUCAAGGCGGAGAGAGGGAGAUGGAGCUGGAGACAGAGCGGCAUCCUAUGCCUCCUGCCAGCAGCCGCUGGGCCAGACUGCACAACUGGAAGCGUGCUCAUAGCCACCCUGAGACUGAUGCCCCUGAGGUGCGCAUGGCCAGGACCAGCCCAGGCACUGAGUCCCCAGGCCCCGUGGGCAGCAAAGCAACUGCCCGGAGGUCUAUGUUCCAGAGGGCAUUCUCUGCCCCUACCAAGAUGCCCAAGGAGCCCAAGGGCCAAGAAGGCAGUAAGCUGAACCUGCGAAAAUAUCUGCGCUCCAAGUCCCACCGCAGGAACCAGGAGAGUGGGUCCAAGGCACAGCAGGCCCCUCAGGAGGCAGCCAAAGAUGGUGUGCGCCCUGCGCAGCGGAUCCCAUUGGCCCCAUCCCCUGAGGUCCCUGUCUGGGAUGUCUCCAACUUUUCCCUGGUGGAUGGACAGCUGGUGCUUAUGUCCAGAGAUGAGGAAGUUUCAUACCGGAGUCGGAACAGAACUGGAAGCUCCAUUUCGGAGGGCAAUGCCCAGCCAUUCCUGGGCAGCAGGAGGGAUACCGGGCUGAGCCUGGCCCGAAAGAGCUCGCCCAGCCUCCUCACCCCAGGAAAAGGCACUGAGAGUGACGUGUCAACUGGCUCCCAGUUCAGUAAUGUGAAGGGGCUAAUAUGGAAGAGGCUAAAAGAACGAAAGGGUCGGACAGCAUCCAAAUCCGACUGCCUAACAGCGCCCCCUAUGGAUGGAGACAGGCUGCAGAUCCGGUAUGGCUCCCACGAUUCCCUGUUGCCUGCACCAAGCGCAGCUGAGCUGGAUCUGAGUGGUGAAGAUGUAGUGAUCCGCCCGCUGCACGGCAGUCUCCUGGGCGAGAAGUUCUGUUUCCAGAUAAUCAAUGCUGAGGGGAGCCGCUGUUUUGGCUGCACAUCAGUGGCUGAGCGGGACCGGUGGAUUGAGAACUUGCGCAGAACUGUGCAGCCCAACAAGGAUAACUGUGAGCGUGUGGAGAACACCCUGAGUCUCUGGGUAUACGAGGCCCGGGACCUGCCCCCCAAGAAGCGCUUCUUCUGUCAGUUGCACCUGGAUGGUGCCCUGUAUGCUCGCACUACAGCCAAGCCAGCGAACGUAAGCGGGGCACUCUUUUGGGGCGAGCUCUUUGAGCUGGCCACACUGCCUGCAGUGCGGGAGCUGCGCAUCAGCCUGCUGCGGGAGGAGGAGGGGCGGCGGCGGGAUAGCAGCCCCCUGGGCACUGUGACCAUCCCAUUGGGAGAACUGGCUGCCUCGCGCCAGCCCUUGGAGAAAUGGUAUCCACUGUGUGGAGCUGCCACCAGCCGGAUGCCGUCUGUGCGGUUGCGUGGGCGCUACCAGGAGAUCCGGGUGCUGCCCAUCGUGAGCUACAAGGAGUUUGCUGAGUACAUCACCUUCCGCUACCGGGAGCUGUGCGCCAGGCUGGAGCCUGUCAUCGCUGUGCGCCACAAGGAGGAACUCGCCGGCGCCCUGGUGCAUGUGUUGCAGAGCACUGGCAAAGCCAAGGCAUUUCUCAUUGAUCUAGGAGUGGCGGAGCUGGACCGCUUUGACGACAGAGAGGCGCUGAUCUUUCGCGAGAACACCCUGGCAACCAAGGCCAUUGACGAGUACAUGAAGCUAGUUGGGGGACAGUACCUGCUGGACACACUGGGGGAGGCCAUUGCCCAGCUGUAUGAGUCAGAGGACAGCUGUGAGGUCGAUCCCAGCAAGUGUGCUGCCAAUGAUCUGUCUGACAACCAGAACAACCUGCGGCAGGCGUGCGAGGAGAUCUUCCAGAGAAUCACCAACUCCUGCGAUGCAUUCCCAGCAGAGCUCAGCGAGAUCUUUGCCGCGUGGCAGGGGGAGUGCAUGGAGCGGGACAAGGAGGACAUCGGGCAGCGGCUCAUCUCAGCUUCACUCUUCCUGCGUUUCCUGUGCCCAGCCGUCAUGUCUCCUAGCCUGUUUGGCCUCACCCAGGAGUACCCAGAUGAAGCCACCUCCCGCAGCCUCACCCUGGUGGCAAAGGUCAUUCAGAACCUGGCCAAUUUUGCCACAUUUGGUGAGAAGGAGGCAUACAUGGGGUUCAUGAACGAAUUCCUGGAGCACAACUGGAGUCAUAUGAAGUCAUUCCUGCAGAGCGUGGCUAAUCCUGACAGCAGUGCCCAUCUGGUGGCCUAUGAUGGCUAUGUGGACCUGGCGCUAGAGCUCUCUACCCUGCACUCACUGCUCUGUGACAUUUUCACCAGCGUGGACCAGCGAACAAGGGAGCAGCUAGAACCCUUGCCAACUAUCCUCAAUGCCAUCAAAGAGGGGACACCAGUGCCCGUUUCCAUCAGACUUGGGCCUGGCAUGGAGGACAGCCACUGUGAGAAGCCAGGAUUCCUGCCCCCAAGGGAGCUGAGCAAGCACAGCCCCCUGAUCAAGAGCCACUCUAUGACCAACAUACAGAAGGGCCGGGGGAAGGACGAUGAGCGGCACCUUCAGCAGCUGCCUGCCUCCCCUCGCCAGGCCUGGGAGAGCAGGAAGGUGCAGCGCACCCAGAGCGUGCCAGCCCAGAGCAAAGCAGGACGUAGGCUUCAGAAACAGAGCAGCAUGGAGCAUGUGGCUGAGUCCCUGGGAGAGGAGAGUCACACUGGGAGCUCUUCCAACUCUGCCUCUCGCUCACGGGAUGGCCGAGCCCAACCGGGCCGAUACAAUCUCCGCCAAUCUGCUUCGCUGCCACGGAAAUCCACAGUGCCCUGGCAGCGCCAUGCUGAGGAAGGAGCCAAGGUGCAUACUGAGCUGUACGCCAUGCGGCCGCUGGAGAAGCACGGGAAGCAAAUUGAGGAGCUGAAGAAGGAGCUGGCAGACGCCAAGGAGAAACACAGGUUCUUUGAGAGCCAGCUAGAAGUGCUGCUCACUCAGAACCAGGCCCUGCUGGAGGAGCAGGCCAAGAGCCAGGGGCAGGAGGAGAGAUUCCGGAGACAACUGGAGGAGCUGGAAGCCCAUUUGGCAAACCUCAGCACCAGGGUGGCGGCAGCGGAGGGUGGCCGAAGGAAGGACCAGGAGAAGCUGAAGGCCAGCGAGGAGAGGGCAAAGCAUCUGGAGCGCCGCCUGUCAGCCCUGGAACGGGAACACGCUGAGCUACUCUGUGCAAUGAGCCAGUACCGGGGACUCCAGGAUAAACCACCCAACUCGCUGCUGAGGCCAGGGCCACAGGCUGAGGACUGGCAGGAGGUUUAGCCAGCACCUGGGCCAUGCAUGGGAUGGAACAUUCCACUCUACCGGCCCCUGCAUGGGAUGGAACAGCCCACCCCUGCACUCCUCAGCCCUGCAUGGGAUAGAACACCAAACCCCUGCCAGCCCCUGGGCCCGGCAUGAGAUGGAGCAGCCCACCCUUGCCAGCCCCUCACCUCUGCAUGGGAUGGAACACCCCACCCCUGCCAGCCCCUGGGUCCUGGGCAGAGGAUGGAACACCCCACCCCUGCCAGCCCCUGGGCCCUGC